AUGAGUGGGAGCAGAAAGAGGACGACGCCGGCGAGUAGGACGCGAGUAGGGAACUACGAGAUGGGACGCACACUAGGCGAAGGAAGCUUCGCUAAGGUGAAAUACGCAAGGAACACCGUCACCGGAGAUCUAGCCGCCAUCAAAAUCCUCGACCGAGACAAGGUUUUCCGUCACAAAAUGGUUGAACAGCUUAAAAGAGAAAUAUCAACAAUGAAACUCAUUAAACAUCCAAAUGUGGUUGAAAUCAUCGAGGUUAUGGCGAGCAAAACGAAGAUCUAUAUCGUUCUUGAGCUUGUCAAUGGAGGGGAACUCUUUGAUAAAAUCGCCCAACAAGGGAGACUUAAGGAGGAUGAAGCUCGGAGUUACUUUCAGCAGCUCAUCAAUGCCGUUGAUUACUGCCACAGUCGAGGCGUCUACCACAGAGAUUUGAAGCCUGAAAAUCUGAUCCUUGAUGCAAAUGGGGUUCUAAAAGUUUCUGACUUUGGGUUAAGCGCCUUCUCACGACAAGUUCGGGAAGAUGGUUUGCUUCACACAGCUUGUGGAACGCCGAACUAUGUUGCUCCUGAGGUUCUGUCGGACAAAGGCUAUGACGGUGCAGCAGCAGAUGUCUGGUCCUGUGGUGUUAUUAUAUUUGUGCUCAUGGCUGGUUACUUGCCUUUUGAUGAGCCAAAUCUCAUGACACUAUACAAACGUAUAUGCAAGGCUGAGUUCAGCUGCCCACCAUGGUUCUCGCCAGGUGCCAAGAGAGUCAUUAAGCGUAUUCUUGAUCCCAGCCCUAUAACCAGAAUAACUAUUGCAGAGUUACUGGAAGAUGAAUGGUUCAAGCAAGGGUACAAGCCGCCAUCGUUUGACCAAGAAGAUGAGGACAUUAACAUUGAUGAUGUGGACGCUGCUUUCAGUAACUCCAAGGAAUGUCUUGUGACAGAGAAGAAGGAGAAACCGGAAUCCAUGAACGCUUUCGAACUUAUCUCUAGCUCAAGACAGUUCAGUCUUGAAAAUCUGUUCGAGAAACAAGCGCAAAUUGUGAAGAAAGAGACGCGGUUUACGUCUCAACGAUCUGCGAGUGAAAUAAUGUCGAAAAUGGAGGAAACCGCAAAGCCAUUAGGCUUCAAUGUCCGUAAAGACAAGUACAAGAUAAAAAUGAAAGGAGACAAAAGUGGUCGCAAAGGUCAGCUCUCCGUAGCUACAGAGGUGUUUGAAGUGGCACCAUCGUUGCAUGUGGUAGAGCUUAGAAAAACCGGCGGUGAUACCCUCGAGUUUCACAAGUUCUACAAAAACUUCUCAUCUGGAUUAAAGGAUGUAGUCUGGAAUACUGAUGGAGCUGCUGAAGAACAUAAAGCUUAA